CUCCCGUAUCUCUCUUUCCGUCUUUCCUUCACAAUUUCUCACACAAACCCUAGCCACCGCCACAGCCACCCCUCAAUGAAUGACCAACACUUCAUAGCCCUAAGCCCCUAACCUUUCUCCCGUUUGUCAGCUUCCUUUACAUUAGAAGUAGUAGCAGCUAAGCAGCAUCGGCAUCUCUGCAACACAAUUUUCUUCAUCGAGCUCUCACUCGCUUCUUCCUCUUGGACUAUUGACCCAGAAGAAUCCUUUUCUUCUUUGCCACAUUCUCACUUGUUGGAAGCUGGAAAGGAGACGUGGAGAAAUCUUGGCCAGCUUUUAGCUGUUAUUUACUUAUUUUCUGUUGUUGAACUUUGUGACUGAGAAUGUUGAACUUGUGUGAAGUGCUGGGCAUUUAAAUUCUAGACUUUUUCAAUUAUGAUCAUGUGUAAAGUUUUGGUCAAUUGUAGCCAUGAAUUGUAGGCUAUUAAUUUGGUUAGGAAUAAGUUGAUAAAAUGCUGUUUUUGUUAGAUUAAUUGCCAAAAAUUCGAGCUAACGAGCUGCUCACGAGCCAGAAAUUCGAGCUCACAAUUCAAGCUGCUCGCGAGCCAAAAAUCGAGCUACAACUCGCGAGCCUUAUCGAGUCAAGCUCGAGCUUGGAUUUUUCUUAGUCGAGUCGAGCUCGAGCUCGAACUCGAGCCUACAUUUUAUUAAAUCGAGCUCGGCUCGAUAAGUCCAAAACUCGACUCGGCUCGGCUCGUUUGCAGCCCUAGUUGAGCUGAAGUAGAAGGUCCAAAGCAGCAACAGGAGGAGGCGGAGGAGGGAGGAGCGAGGAGGCGGAGAGGAGCUUUUGUUAAAUGUUAGGUGGUCGGUUGGUUACUUGGCAGUCGGGGUCUGCUCAUUCUUGAGAAGGCAGCUCUCCGCUCCGCUCGCUUAAAACAUUAUGAGCCCUUGAUUUGGAUAGAUAAUAAUAAAUAUGACCAGACAUCUGAAGCCGCAGUUAUCGUCAGCAUCGACAUCGGCGGCCAAUAACCUGGCCUUAAUUAGUAGGAGGCCCGCUCUUCUCCAUCUGGUCUGCGCCGCCGCUGUCUUCUCUCUUAUCGUCUUCCUAAUUCAGUCCUCUUUCUUCACCGGAGGCAAUCAGAAGCAGAGAGCAGUAAAUAUCCACAACAACGAGGAGGAAUUUCGGAUUUUAUCUGACUUUCAGUCUAGUGUCCAGCAAUGUGUGGCUAACAGAGGCCUCGGACUUACUGCUAUCAUUAUUGAUCACUGUAAACUGGUACUCAAGUUCCCUCAAGGAACUAAUAGCACCUGGUAUAAUGAACAAUUUAAGAUCUUUGAACCCUUGGAGUAUACUUAUGACACCUGUGAAGCCCUUCUUCUGUGGGAACAGUAUCGGAAUAUGACUACUGUGUUAACAAGAGAAUACCUGGAUGCUCGUCCUGAUGGCUGGUUAGACUAUGCAGCUAAAAGAAUAGCACAGCUAGGUGCAGACAAGUGCUACAAUAGGACUCUCUGCGAGGAGCAUCUUAAUCUACUUUUACCAGCAAAGCCUCCCUUUCACCCUCGUCAGUUUGCAACCUGUGCCGUUGUUGGAAAUUCGGGAGAUCUAUUGAAGACUGAGUUUGGUGAGGAAAUUGAUAGUCAUGAUGCUGUUAUACGAGACAAUGAGGCACCUGUAAAUGAGAAAUAUGCCAAGUAUGUUGGACUGAAAAGGGAUUUUCGGUUGGUAGUAAGGGGUGCUGCUCGUAACAUGGUUACAAUCCUAAAUGGAUCAGUUGACGAAGUACUCAUUAUCAAAAGUGUCACUCAUAGAGAUUUCAAUGCAAUGAUAAAGGGCAUCCCAAAUCCUGUGUAUCUCUUCCAAGGUAUUGUCCUGCGGCGGGGUGCCAAGGGAACUGGAAUGAAAUCAAUAGAAUUGGCACUUUCGAUGUGUGAUGAUGUCGACAUAUAUGGUUUCACUGUAGAUCCUGGCUACACGGAAUGGACCAGGUACUUUUCUGAGCCCAAGAAAGGGCAUAAUCCACUUCAGGGAAGAGCAUACUAUCAACUCCUAGAGUGUCUUGGUGUUAUUAGGAUCCAUUCUCCCAUGAGAUCAAAAAGAAAGCAAAACUGGUCUGAUGUUCCAAGCCGAGAAACAAUACAGAGGGCUCAUAUGGCAGCAUUGCGCUUGAAGAGGAUUUUAUCUGGCCAAGAAGGUGCAUUUGGGCAAUUUGGCAGUUGUAAGGUAUGGGGCGAUGCAGGUAGCUACAGCAGGGGCCCUGUAUCUGGAUCUCCAGACAUGAGUCGUGUAAGGAAAAAUUCAAAUUACAGCAAAUGGGAAGUUAUGCCUUUCAAUAGUUUAAGACAAGAAGCACGGGAUCAUUUUAUGCAGAUGCAUGGGGUCUCUCUGUACAAAAUGGAUGGGAACAAAUUGGAAGAUUUGGUGUGUGUCAGACAUUCUUUGAGUUCUGAUUGAUGAUUGAGAAAAUACACGGGGCUGUCUGAGAGUCAUGCAUCUGUAUGUUUGAAAAGCCUGAUCAUCCUGGUUUUUGGUCAAAUGAUUUAUAUUGGCUCAGGUACUUAUACAAAUGACUCUACUCCAGUUAUCUAUCUGCCCAUUGUUCCUGUGCUUGGUGCGAGUGCUUGACUGGGUAUUAUUCAACUUGCAUUAAUGGGGGCUUUGAUUCUGAAGAUCCAUGUUGAGUCAUGGACUUGAAGAAAAAGUUUGAUAUGAUUUGGUUUCUUUUAGACCUCUGAAAGGUCAGGACUACGACAUCCAGACAUGAGCUAUUUGUAAUCCCGAAUUCAUGCAUUGGGAAUGUUCUGUCUUUUGUUGUGAAAAGCUUUGACUGAUAUGAGAGGAAAGCAUGCCCUCACUGAUUUUCAUGUAACUGUGUCCUACAUGUCGAGUAUGUAGGCUACAGUACCUUCAGUUGUAAGAAUGAGAAGGCAUGAGCGGAAAUCAGCCUCUCGGCUGUUUCUGGCAAUUUUUUUUUUAUCAAUGUUCUUGAUUUAGGGAACGGAAAAUUACUGCUUUUAUUAAGAAAGCUGGUAUCUGCAUUGCCAGUUGUAAGGAACAAUAGAUUAAUGUUGAACUGCUAGCGGGGCCCCAAGUAGGUUACGGUUUUGAACAUUUGGGCCUUUUA